AGGAAGAAAAGCCGACCACCGAGCCUGCACGCGAGAAACGCAAGGAACAUGCGUUUCUGCUCAGCCUGGCUGUGAGGCCGUUUUUGCAUCCAUCGGGUCAGGCCCAGUUAAUGCAGGGUGCCAAACAUUCAGUAUUUGCAUGGCGGGUGCGAGCCAGAUGCAAUACGAGAAACCAAACACGCCCAUAGUUCUUUCAGCCAGAUCGUCUAAAAAAAAGGUUCUUUCAGCCAGAUUUUGCUUUGCUCCAGCUACGGGCGCGAUUCUAAAAGAAAAAAAGAAAAGAAAAGAAGCUACGGGCGUUACACUCACCACUCCACUCCACGCUCCUCGGUUCCCCCGCUGCGGAGAAGACAGAUAGCAGCGCCGCCGACCUCGCUCCCCUCCCCGCCCCGCCCCGCCCCGCCGUUGGAGAAGCUGGGGGCUGCCGCGGCACCUCCAAGGCUUCCGCUCGCUCCCAUCUCAUCUGGAGUGGAGAGGGCUGGAGGGGAUACAUUCAGCUUCAGUCUGUGCCUCAUCUCUUCCCCUUGCAUUAUUGUGCCUUGCCAUACAUCAUUUUUUCACUGCUGUUGAGACCUGAAUAAGCAUGCUGGUCAAAUGGAGCACCUUCGCAUCCUGCCCCCUCGAUGCUUUUCGCCCGUUCAUCAUAGUGCUGUUGGCGGCUGCGUACAUCCAUGUGCCAGCCACUGCUAUUGUUGCUGUUCCAAGUUCUCAUUGUUAUACCUUCGACAGUGAUAGCCACCUUGUUGACUUCACACACCUGUCCGGGAAGAAUUUUGAAUACAACGAGGAGGGCUCAGUAACUUCUGACUUGGUUGUCCAGUUAUGCAAAGAUGUUCAGAGAAGGUCUCAGGCGGGUGGUUUCAUUGAUUUUGGCCGCUUUACCAAUCAUCGCUCUUUUGAGACUGGUUCAAAGCCGGUUGACUACAUCCAGAGAUUUUACAAUGGUGAUUUAGCGAAAUGUGAAACUACGUUUGAAGAGAUGGGCCGUACUGCACAGGUCAACAUUAUGUGUGGACGAUGCUCAAAUAAAGUAUGCAAAGAUGAACAUGGAUGCAUUUGCAGCGUAUCCUAUGAUGAAAGGAUGUGCAGGACGGUUGUUGAGCUAGCCAUUCCUUGUCCUAAAAGAGGCCCAAGAGUUUUUAAGGGUUUCACUGUGGGCUUCCACCCCAGGUCAUCCGAAGUGGUUUACAAUGGAUUGACUCAACUGGGAUUCGAACAACUUCAUCAUGGGUUUAGCUUUCCAAGUGAGCAGAUUCACGUGUCUUUAUAUCUUAGCGCCAUGUCUUCUCUCGCAGACCUAGUUGGAAAACCUACCUUCAGGGUUAAUCCGAUGAAAGGGCUUGAUGUUAUGCUUACAGGAUCAGGGGCCAAUGGUGCCGUGCCUACUGCCCUGUCUCCAACAGUUCUGAAUGUGAAUUGGAUAUGUGAAAUCAUUCGAAGCAAUCCAUAUGUGGUGAAUGUUUCAAUCCCAGUGGCGGGCUACGAUCCAAUCGAAUUCACGCUUACCAAAGAAUGUGGUUACACACAAGAAAAAGAGAGUGAUUCUAUGAGAGGGUGGGCAACAUUUGGAAUCAUCUCUUGCAUAUUCAUUGUCUUUUCGAGCCUACUUUGUUGUGGGGGGUUCAUCUACAGAAGUCGUGUAGAGCAUCAGGAUGGUUUACAUGCACUGCCUGGGAUGACUACCGUGUCUGCCUUUCUGGAUGCUGUUGGAAGACCAAGAGGCUACCUGAGAGCAGGUGAUCCUAGUGGAAAUCAUUCAAGCCAAGUAUCAUGGGAGAACACUUCUGUUACCACACCAGCAGCACAGAGGACAAAUGAUGGAAGAUAUGGGACAAUAUGAGCCAUGCUUAGUUUUGUGGAAUUUGUCUUGUAGAAUGAUGGUAUCAGCUGCACCUACUACUCCAAAUGAUCCUUGGUCGAUGGGACAAGUGGAAGGAAAAGCGUAUCAAGUAAUUUUGAGGAUACCCUACAAAGAAAAAAGUAAUUUUGAGGAGACAUUGAAUUGCAUGGCAAUAUAUGCCAAAGGAGCACGUAGUAAAUUGUUAAUGUUAUCAUGUGCGUGCAUGUCACCUCAGCCAGGACGAACUGAGGUUAGGUAAGGCCUGGACUUGCAUUGACGUGCUGAUAGGACGACAUGUGGGGGGGUACUACUAGUAGAAGAAACAAGCCGUGUCUGACUGUCCGGCAUUAAAGGGCGCGCCGGAAAUUCUGGUUAUACUGGCCGGCGUGUGCUCUGCUCUGCCUGCUUCCGACGGCGCGGCUUCUUGGGAGAGUUAAGACCAAUAAUUCACAAGGGUAUGUAGGAGACGAAAACAAAGUUAGCUACUAGUACGAGACACUGCACCACAUCUUGUGGGCUGCGUUUUUGCGCGUAUUACCUGGCACGAAACCCCGACGACCCUAGCUCCGGACGGCUCCGUCGACUACUUCAACUGGCUCUCCUCGGCUCUUUUGCUCACCCCGACAUCUCGGCGACGAAGACUAGCCACUAUUGCAGCGCUCACGGCCUGGUCGAUCUGGCAUCACCGGAACGCCGCCAUCUUUGACAAGAUCACACCGUCUGCCCUUGCUCUUAUUCAGGCAAUCAAAGACGAAGCUCGCGCCAAGGCCGCGGCAGGAGUUCGAGGGAUGAACACACAAACGCUUGUAACCUAAGCCCGUAGCUUGUUUGGGGCUGAGCAACCCCAUUCCUUCUGCUCCACCGGGUGUCGCGGGCUCGCCAUUCGUGUGUACGAGGCCACGGCAUCCACCCUUGUAAUUGCUUCUUUCCCUCUAUCAAUGCAAUGAUA